GGGGUUGACUUUUAUUUUGCUAUUGGAGGCUGGCCUGACAGCACGUUUACAUGUUCAGUUGCACAACGCGAAACUCAACAACCAGGGGUUACCUCACUUGCACUUGGAAGCAAAGCAACGUCCAGUGAAUUGACGAAGCCUUUUUGUUUCUGCGUUAAACCGGUCAAGUAGAGAGUCUUAAUGUCGUUGGGCGCCGACGCUAGAAUAGUCAUCAUCGGAUGCGGAAUAUCAGGGAUAGCUGCAGCACACAGACUUAUUAAAGCAGGGUUUAAUCAUGUGAGGAUUCUUGAAGCGACUGGAAGAAGCGGAGGGAGAAUUAAAACGGGCAAAUUUGGUGAUAACAUAGUGGAGAUCGGGGCCAACUGGAUCCAUGGACCAUCAAAGGAGAACCCGGUCUUUUGUUUGGCUCAGCAAUAUGGCCUGCUUAGUCCAGAGGCGCUCACCCCGGAGAACCAGGCAAUGGAUGUUGGAGGACAUCCUCCCUGGAUCUCCAGUGUCUUCACCAGCACAGGUCGCAAAAUGAGCCUUGACGACCUGUCCCCUGCUGUGGAGAUGUACAAAGAGCUUUUGGAUGAGAGUACACAAUUUUUGGAGAGGGGAGAACCCUGGCCCAGCGUGGGCCAAUUUAUACGUGCAGAGGUGCUACAGAGAUCAGCGGAGAAGUGGAAAGCAGACAAUGCAGGAUGUUUGCAGCGGUGCAUGUUCACCACCCUGCUGAAGGUGGAGUGUUGCAUUUGUGGUUCUCACACCUUGGAUGACCUGGGCUUGGGUGCAAGUGGCCUCUAUAAAUCAAUACCGGGACUUGACUGCACCUUCCCAGGAGGUUAUGAAGGUCUAGUAAGAAACCUGAUGUCAGAGUUGCCUGCUGGCGUGGUGAGCUACAACCAGCCAGUUAGCUGCAUCCACUGGAACAACUCUGACAAGAGAGAUGCACAGGUGAACGUGGAGUGCCAUGGCGGGAAGGUAGUGGCUGCUGAUCAUGUGAUCGUCACGGUUCCUUUAGGUUACUUGAAGAAGCACCAUACGUCACUGUUCCGUCCUCCCCUUCCUCUGCACAAAAUCCACUCAAUCCAGAGGUUUGGCUUUGGCACCAACAAUAAAAUAUUUGUGGAAUUUGAUUCGCCCUGGUGGGAUGAGGACUGUGAGGUCAUCUACUUUGUGUGGGAAGACGAUGACACCAUGGUCGACCAGGUGGAGGAUGUUCCAGGAUCCUGGAUUAAGAAAUUGGUCGGCUUCACUGUGGUAAAACCCAGUGAAAGGUACGGCCAUAUUUUGUGUGGCUGGAUCGCUGGGAAGGAAUCACAUUAUAUGGAGACUUUGUCUGAGCAGGAGGUCAUGUAUGCCAUCACCCAGCUUGUCCGCAGGUUUACAGGUAAUCCCAUAAUCACUCCGCGGAAAAUCAUGAGGUCUCAAUGGUUUCACGACCCCUGGACAUGCGGAUCAUACAGUUACCCUUCAAGAGGCUGCUCAUUGCAGGACAUCGAGAAUUUAAUGGAGCCUGUGCCGUCUAAGCAAACGCUCUCACAACCGCUCCAAGUGUUGUUUGCUGGAGAGGCGACUCAUCCCUCCUACUUCUCUACCGUCCAUGGAGCUCUUCUCACUGGCUGGAGGGAAGCCGACAGGCUCCUCGCUCACUACUCCCCUGCCGCUCGGUCUGAACAACCAACCAAGUCAAAGCUGUAAAGGAAUUAUGCAAGAUGAAGUUAUUUCAAUGUAACUUGAUCUUAAUCUUGAUCAAGGUUUAGCUAUCUUUGUAAAGAAGUAGCCUCAAAGGAAAAGCAGCUAAAUUGUCUAAAUGAGGAGAAAUUGGUUUUGCUGUUUUGGAGAGCAACAAACAUUACCUUGUAAAGUAAGGGGAUAUGCAAAAAAAGUUUACUUUAUUCCUACCUGCCACACUCAUCAAUUUAACAUGAAACAUUGUUAUUAAUUACAUACUGCUACAAGUCUCACUUUAAGAUAUUGAAAUUGUAUUUGAAGUCUUUUUUCCAUAAUAUGCAACUUUUAAUUUUAU